AUGAAAGAGGCGAAUGUCUCCUGGCCACCGAGGCCAUGGUUUGAGGCAUUUUGUCGGCAGGUGGUUGGUGCCACUGGUGCCGAGGUUGAUGAGGCCAGACUGGUGGGUGCAUGUGGGUCCACUCGCAUGCUGCAAAAGAUGGUCUUGUCCCCCGAGUUGAGCCCCGGCAGUGGGAUUUUGUCGUGCUGUGUUAGGUGCCAAAGCAUGGAGGAAGUGGCAAAGGUGGUCACCACCAUCUGCGAGAAGCUACAGGGCCGCGCGGACAGCGGGGUGUCUGCGAUCGUCGCUCAUUUUCUGGACGAGGAUGGCCAGAUCCGCUCAGACUCGGAGUUGUCCGAUGUCGGCUCGGUGGUCAUACAGGUUGUGUGGAGAGGGAGGCCAUCAGAUCCUUUAUCAGUGGCCGAGGUGCGUGUGGUGAACGUGAUUCUGCAGAAGCAAAUGUUGCAAACAACUAUUUGGUGGAGCUUCAAGACCGGUUUGGGGAAAAUGUCAUAG